AUGUUACUAGCAGCUCAUGGGUUUGCCUUAGUAACCCCUGCCUCGCGCGGACUCGGGUUCGCCUUCGCACAGCAGCUCUUAACCCGGACCGAGCUCCCUGUGAUUGCAACAGCCCGCAAGAACUGCCAUGAGCUCCAAGAACGGUUGCUGUCAAGCAAGGGCAUGCCCAAGGAUGCAAAGCAGAGACUUCGCAUCAUCCAGGUUGAUGUAACAGAUGAGUCUACGAUAUCAGCAAUGGCAGACACAAUCCGCCAGGAAUAUCCAAACACACCGCUCAGGCUAGGAUUGACAAUCCCCGGCAUUCUGCAUGCAGAAAAAUCACCCAGUAAAAUCGACGCAGCCAAUGCGCUGGAAAGCUUCAAGGUCAACUCCCUCGGCCCGUUGCUACUCAUGAAGCAUCUCUCCCAGUUCGUCCCAUUGAAAUCCUCACCAGAAUUCCCGACAAUGGAGUCUAGCUCUGCGAUCAACACUCAAGGUCCGCUGUGGUUGCCCUCUCAUGCCAUCUAUGCAGUGAUGGCCGCUCGAGUCGGCUCAGUAUCUGACAAUGCCUCGGGCGGGUGGUAUUCCUACCGUGCAAGCAAGGCAGCUGUGUUCCAAUUGGCCAAGACCUUUGAUUUGCAUUUGCGCGCGAAGAGUGGGGAGAGGGCAAUUGCUGUGGCGCUACACCCUGGUACUGUACACACAGAUUUCACCAAUGAGUAUUGGGGGACGAGGGAAAUGCUGGAGCCGGCCGAUGCGGCUGACAAGCUUUUGGAGGUACUUGUGGGCCUGCCAUCGGAGGUUCAAGGAGGGAGAGGGAGGUGUUGGGAUUGGAUGGGAAAGGAGAUUUUGCCGUGA